AUGCAGCACAUCAGCGAUGAGAUCGCUGGGUGGUUCGUCGGUACCGGAGGUCGUGGUGCCGGACGGACAGUCCUCAUCAUUAGCCCGUUCGGCAAGAAACUCUGGGACAUCACGGUCGGCCGAUACUCCAACGGCUUGUUCCUGGGUGGUCAGUGGCCACAGUUUGUUGCUGCACAUGGUAUUGGCAUCGGCUGGUACUUGGUGUUCAAGCAAGUACGGCGAGGCAUAUUCACCCUAAAGGUGUUCGACAACAACUUUGUUAUUAAACCAUUCGGCGUAACAAUUACUGUUUUGAGCCAGCUCAAGAAUGCAUGUGCUCGUAAGCCCCAAUUCAUUGUGCCACUUCAGACAAGUUUCAAGGAAAAGAUGCUUAUCCCUCAUGAGUUUCUGCGACGAGGAUACAUCUCAGAAGAAGACCUGAACAAAAGACCACUGAUGGCCACUUUCCUAUCACACUGGCAUAUCGGCCUCGAGAGGGAUGGCCCGGAUGUCUUCUUCGCCGGUUCCGUUUGGGCAGACUUUCUGGACAUGCUUGACCUGUCUGAAACUGAUGUCCUCCUGAUCAAGUAUCAGGGGUGCAUGAACUUCUCAAUUGAGAAGUUUGGACAUGGGGAUGAUGAGCACAUUGAGGAAGAACCAGGCUGUUCUGAGGAAAGCAAACAAUCACCUGGAGCACAAAGCCAAGAGGAAGAACAUGUUUCCACUCGGAAAAGGAAACAAAGCAAUUGCAAAGCACCUGGAGCACAAGGCCAAGAGGGAAAACAUGUUUCCACUCGGACUCGGAAAAGGAAAGAAAGCAAUUGCAAAACACCUAGAGCACAAGGCCAAGAGGGAGAACGUAGCAAAGGUGAAAGGAUGCUAGAAAGACACACAACUUCAAGGCAUGUAAACAUGUCUUGCUUCUUCGAGAUUGGAAAAACAGGGUCUCAGGAUUGGUUAAAGAAGGAGAUCGGUAGUGAUGGCGUGCUUAAAGCAUUUCAUUUGCCAGACCAUUUCGGAUACAAGAAGAAUUGCAAGAUCUUGCUCAGGCCUAUGGAUAGGAACGAGUCUUGGGAAGUAAAAGGUUCCGUCAUUAAGCGGCCAAAUACCGUCUACACUAUGAAUAGGUUUAGAGGAGGCUGGGCUAAAUUCUGCGAGGAGAACGGUCUCAAGAAAGGAGACUUGUGCACCUUCAAAGUUGUCAACGGCAAGCUGUGGGAGGUUAACAUUGAGCGCCGUUAAAGAUACAUUGAUGGCUAUGUGAUUGUGAUCCUGUCGGUUAUGCGAGUGCUGAUGCACUUGAAAUUGCCUCAAGAGAAUUGAACGCUAGCUACCUUAGUAGUAAUCGCGAUGAAUGUUGUGGUAAAAUGAUAAUGGCGUUGGUUUCUGGCUUUUUGGACACGGUUCAUAACCUGCUAGGAAAUUAUGUUUCAUGACUUGGUAUUAGGUGGCUGGUUUAUCAAGGCGAGAUUUCUACUUGUAAA